UAUCUAGUCUGUGUAUAGCGUAAGUCUCUCAAACCAUAAAUCAUCUUAGCAAUCAUCACCCAGCCCUCUAAACCCAACAACAUGGACAAUUAUUUCCUCCUCUUCAUCAUCUUCCUCUCCCUCUUCCACCACCCCAUUUCCGCAUCAAAUCUCCACAAACUCAAGCAACUCACUCCAAAUUUCCCCCCUGAACCUUUAUCCUCCAAUGACCCUCCACCACCCACUGAAUACUUUGAGGUAGCAAGACCCAUUGAACACCCCAAAACAAAACCUUGCUCUCACCACAUUCUCCACCACGACUUCGGCUACACCUAUGGCCAGCCCCCAGUUCUCGCCACCUACACCCCUCCUUCUCAUUGCCCCUUCAACACAUUCUCCCAAAUCGUGCUGGAAUGGAAGGCCACUUGCAAAGGAAGACAAUUUGACCGCAUUUUCGGUGUGUGGCUUGGUGGGGUUGAGCUUCUUAGAAGUUGCACCGCAGAGCCAAGAGCCACUGGCAUUGUUUGGAGUGUUGAAAAAGACAUCACAAGGUACCACUCCUUGUUGCUAAGUCCCCAAAAUCAAACCUUUGCUGUUUUUCUGGGGAACAUUGUGGAUAAAACCUACACUGGGGUUUACCUCGUUGAUGUCACUAUGCACUUUUUCCCUUUGGGAUAUGUUGAUGGGUCAAGCUCAAAGGUUGGAGCUUCAGCAUUUGGGGGUGGUGUCCAUGCUGAUUUGGUCCUGCCCAUUUCUAGAAAUCUUCCAUUGAAUGAUGGGUUGUGGUUUGCUAUUCAGAAUUCCAGUGAUGAGGGUUUGAAGGAGUUUAGGGUGCCCCAGAAUGCCUAUAGGGCUGUUUUGGAGGUUUAUGUUUCAUUUCAUGAGAGGGAUGAGUUUUGGUACUCUAACCCUCCUGAUGAGUAUCUUAUUGCCAACAACCUCAGUGAUGUGCCUGGGGGUGGUUCUUUUAGGGAGGUUGUGGUUUCUCUUGAUGGGAAUGUUGUUGGUGCCGUCUGGCCUUUUACUGUGAUCUACACUGGAGGGGUUAAUCCCCUCUUGUGGAGGCCUAUUACCGGGAUUGGCUCAUUUGAUCUUCCCUCAUAUGAUAUGGAGGUCACACCGCUUUUGGGGACCUUGUUGGAUGGGAAGAGCCAUUCGGUGGGGUUCAGUGUGUCGAACGCGAUGAAUGUUUGGUUUGUGGAUGCAAAUUUGCAUAUUUGGUUGGAUGGGAAGAGCAGUAGGACAGAAGGAGGAGUUGUGGAUCUUGUUGCCAAGCCUUUGGUUGAGUCUCUGGUGACUGACUUUGAAGGUUUGAACGGAAAGUUCUGGACUAGUGCAAGGAGGUCCAUUUUGUCUGCUGGUUGGGUCAGAUCCUCAUAUGGGAAUGUUACUACCAGUUUUGUCCAAGAUUUUGUUUUCAACAAUUCAAUGGUGAUGGGAAAGAAUGGGAAUCAGCAAAUUGUGAAUCAAGUGAUUCUUUUCAAUGACAGUGUUCAUGCUAACCUUCCAUCACCCUUUGUCGAGGACACAUACAGAAAAUUUUCCCUAUACUUGGACACUGAUGAAGUGGAUCAGGAUGACGAUACUUCUUUAUCAGUUUCGAAUGUUACAUUGGGAUUUGAUGUGGACAUGUUUAAGAGCUCGGCUUUUGGUUUUUCAAAGAGCUCUCUCAAAAAUAUGCAGGAUGCUCAGGGUACUAUGGUUAUCAAAGGGAAUUUGGUUGUUAGGGGAUUGGCUGAAACACAGCAAGAUUACAGUUACACAAGUGAUGGAUAUUGCUAUUCUAGGAAAGUUGGCAGCUCAAAUUACACAAUUCUCUACGAUAAAGUCAGACAUUCGUGUAACAAAAGAAGUCACUCUCAUCUUGGUCCUCAUUCUAUCAAAAAGUUGUUCAUUCUCUAGGUUCCCUUAUAAGAACAGAGAACUUUAUUCUCUCUUGCUUCGUCCUACAAGUCCUUCCUUUCCAUAAAGGCUUGCCUUUCUAGCUCCACUCUCAGGGAUUUGUUCUGUUCUGACUGUGUCAGUUUGUUACUUUUUUGCAACUAAGAUUUGUCUGUUUUACUCUCUCUCUUUUUUCAAUAAAUAUGCAUUAUGCAAUGAUAAAAUUGUGAUUUUCUUCCACAGUCUAAUCAAACAUGAUUAGUUUUCAGUGCUUGUUUGCAUGUCCUAGAAAGUUUCUGCUUGAA